AUGGUCUACUGUGGAAAGCCCUCAAGGGGUUGUCAGAUGUGCAGAACGCGCAGGAUCAAGUGUGACGAGACAAAACCGACCUGCAACCAGUGUGCCAAGUCGCGGCGACAGUGCCCUGGGUACAAGCACGAUUUCGAUCUCGUCUUCCGUAACGAGACGCAGGCCACCGAGAGGAGAGCCCGUAAGUCGCAGAAGGCCGCGUCGCAGAAGCUCCGCAACGGACAAGCAGGAGCCAGCUCUUCUUCCAAGGAUGCAGAUGCCGGAUCCGAAUCCCAAUCCGCAGAGUCGGUGUCGAAGGAGGUGUCCAUCACCACUCCAAGAAACUCCCGCGCAUUGCAGAUGGCCCCGGACCAGCAAGCGUCAUGCCACUUCGUCUCAAAUUUUGUCAUGGUGUCGCGCCAGGGAUUCAGCCCCGGCUGGAUGAACUACCUCAUGCCGUUGCUCAAGAUCGACCGGAUCCCCGAGAGCUUGAGGCUGGCCUUCACCGCCUGCUCGUUCGCCUCCAUCGGUAACCGCGUCGGCGGAGGCAACACGUUUGCGAGGAUGGCCAUCGCCCAGUACACCCAGGCUCUCUCGGCCACUCACAAGGCCCUGCAGGACCCGGCCACGGCCCUGACCGACGCCACCCUCGCCAGCACGCUCCUGCUCGGCGUGUACGAGGCCAUAUCGGCCAACCGGAUAGGUAGCAUGGCGUGGGGAUCGCAUAUUGAGGGAGCCAUACAGCUGGUCAAGGCCCGCGGGCGCAGCCAGCUCAAGACCAAGGUGGGCGUCAUGCUCUUCAGCACAGUGCGCACCCAGAUGAUUGGCUUCAUGCACGCCAACCAGACGCCGCCGACGAUGAGCGCCGAGUGGUGGACAUCAGGAGACACGCACGACACGACAGCCUGCGCCACCCAACGUCUGUCUAUCCGCGUGGGCGAGCUGCGCGCCGAGGUCAAUCGGCUGCUGUCGACGCUGGAUCGCACGCCGGACAACAUCCAGCUGAUGCUGGACCUGAUGCGGCGGUGCCAGAUGAUGGACCAGGAGCUCGCCAACUGGUUCCACGACGCGCCGCCGCACUAUACGUACAAGACGGCGGCCUGGGAGGACAACGUGCCCAACGGCGACUACUUCAAGGCCGAGGUGUACCCGGGCCGCGUGGACCUCUACCAGGACCUGUGGGUGGCGAGCGUGUGGAACAAUGUCCGGACGAGUCGGAUCCUCCUGUCGUCUUCGAUUGUCCGGUGCGCCGCAUGGAUCUGCGCACCGAUAGACUACCGCACGACGCCCGAGUACGCGUGGGUGUCCCGCAUAGCCCGCGAGACCAUAACGGACAUCAUCGCCUCGGUGCCCUAUCUGCUAGGUUGGUUCUCCAAGCGGAAACACCUGCUGGAGAGAACCGGUCUGUCGUCGUUUGGCUGCGGAGACGAAGAUGCGCAGAAGGCCCUCCCUGGCCUGCAGCUCUCGUGGCCGCUCGUGUGCAUCCAGAACCAGGACUUUAUCAGCGACUCGGAGAGGGCGUGGGUAAAGGGGAGGCUGCAUUUCAUCAAUGAGCAGCUCGGUGUGAGAUCUGCCGGGUUGCUGGGACAGCUCAACCUCCGCAUGCCAUCGAUGCUCAUCCGUCGAGACGGAACAAUGGCCAAUCUGACGGCUGGCGUUGGGUUCGAAAAGAUGCUCAGGGGAAAGGCUUCGAAUGACGUGGGCAGUUUUUUUACGGCUCGGAGGGGCCAGGUGACGGACCAGGGAGAGUAG